AUGAUUGCAUCCACUUGGCUUGUUUCUUUGGCCACUGCUUUCUUAGGUGCCUCUUGCGUCGCUCAGGCUCAAACCUUAACUUAUACCAAUCCCAAUACCAAUGUCAGUAGAGAAUCGCCAAAGGUUAUGAAUAUGACCUUUGGCGAAUGUACACCUUAUGGACUGCCCGUCAACAAUGUCAUCUAUGACAUUCAAUACGCAGUCGAGGGUGUCUUUUCUCGUGAUUGGGACUAUGUGCAAAAGGCGAUUCAAGAAGGCAAAUACCUCGAUGCCGUCGCUGCUGCGAAUAUGGUCAACCCAGAUGGAGGGGUUGCCAAUUUAAACUACGAUGCAAUUACCACUAUGAUCAGUCGGGAAACCGAUGAACAACAAAUCGAGUCUUUACAAUGCUUGAAAAACUUGGUUGGCGGAAAACAAAACAAUGUCGAGACUUUGAUGGCCCAACCGAAUCCUACCCACCAUCAGCGCUUUCAGGAUACAUUGGAUGCCUCCAUCGACCGACUCAGCUCAUCUCGCAAGGCCAAGCGUAAUUACCCUUGGGGAAACAUAUAUAACGUCGGUGGUUGUAAAUCUAGCAACACCGCCAUCCGCAGAGAUUGUGGUCAAGCCGUCGCUGGUACUACUGACGCCAACAUUUGGCUCCCAAGCCGUCAAUCUACUGUUAGCGUUUAUGGUACUUGCUUCCUUACUGCUGAAAGUGGAACUGGUUACUCUCUCAACGUUCCUGGAUGGGGCGUCAGGAAUGACGGAUGGAUGAUCUUUUGGAACUGUUUUGACACAAACAACGAUGGCUCCUCGGGCUCUGGUAUGGUACAAGAUGAUAGCUAUGAACUCGUCGUUUGUCUCGGUAGCCGUCCUAGCGGUUGUUAA